AUGGUGUGGAAAUCGACACCAGACGACUAUAGUUGGAUUUGGUGGGAUCCUGGCGAUGUGGAAAAGCAAAAGCAUCAUCAAGGACGGAAAGGAUUUUGUUGGAUACCAGAUUGCCUCAAGAGCUAUGAUAAUUCUCCGACUGCCGAUGAAAUCUGGAAUCCUUGUUCGCGACCCAGGUCUCAUGGAGCUUUGAAGGACAGCACCCCAAUGCCACAACCUGUUCCAGCGACGGGCUCUGUGCGGCGGGCGCAGGCGCAUUGGGACAGAUCGGAAUCAAGCCUCCCUCGGCGAUCCAGGUUGAUAAAUACCCCACCAGUUAUCACUCGUUCAAUUCAAGAGGAACUUCUCAGGGACCCACUACAGGCAAAUGAUGGCAGUUCGGAUCACCAACCCUGGUUCAAUUCUCGCAAGAAUGCAGCAAGGCCAGCUACUCGCGAACCGGUGCCGUUCCACCAGAUCCAAUCAUUACCGUCUCGACAGAACCAAUGCUACCAAAUGCGAGGAUCGAUCCCAUGGUCGCGUGAUGACGGGUCCCAAGAUAUCUCAUGUCAAAUCGAAUCUAUCGUGCGACAUGAGGGUUUUCAAUAUGAAAUAGCGGAGCCGAGUGGCCCGAUGGACACAAAAAAACCUAAACUGCUCCAUCGACAUGGUAAUUACCGCAGAUACCGUGGAUGGUCAGCACGAAUGCAGAUGGGGCCAAAAGGGGCAGUAUUUGACAACAUAGGGGAUUCAUCUGGCCCUCCAGGGACACCAAGGACCGAAUUAUUGGUCAGCUAUGUCUCGGAUCCGAGCUCAUCUCUUCGUGGUCGCCUCAAGAGACAGCGAAAUAGCACUGAAGGGUGCUUGCGUAUCUCGGAAGAUAGAACAUCGUUCACUUCUAGACUCCUCAUUGGAAACCAGGUUUUGUUCUCAAACGAACAGCAGACAUUUACCAAACCCACCCAAUGGAAUUCGGCCCCAGCAAGAUGCCAUUUCCAAGGCAAUGCGAUCAAUUCGAAAGUGAGGCCAGCAUUGCCUGAUGAAUGGCGAUUUACGUGUGACCCAAAACAUCCUACCCUCUCUCGCUGUGAAGGGAAAAGGCCGGAAAAACAAGUCACUCGAUGCUCCGCAGAUCAAAUUCAGCCCAAAGCAGGAGGCGCCAUCGACGAGUUGAGUGAUUGGGAGGUCAGAAUGAUGGAGAGGCUGGAUCGAAAACUGUUAUGGCUCUUUAAUGAAUUCACUCCAGGGCAAAAACCAUACCAUUUUGCCUUGCUAGCCAACCACUGGCUGAAUAGAGAAACAUGGCUCGUUUACGAUCCCGUGUCCAGAGUUUCCACUGAUGCACGUCGGUUGUGGGGAGACCCACGAUUCAACGUUCCUUAUCCAGAGCCGGUUUUCAGUCCCAGACCAAAAUACCCUGUAUCCAAACGGAAACUUGCGCAGACUCCUCGUAUAGACUCCUGGCGGGCCGCUGUGAAUAAGCAGCGGAAGGUAUCUGGUAUCCGAGACGCCAUUCGCACUAUUACACUGUAUGAUGAAUCGGUCGAGGACCCGCCAGAUGGCCAUAUCGAUCCAGGCUGCUGGGCUUUGCCGAAACCGCCUCAAGGCUUUGAGAUGUCCACUGCGCAGAAAAAUGCCUGGUAUGAAGGAGGGGCAGGCUGGCAAGAGACGCUUGAUGAUUGGCAGCAAGUCCGCCGGGGUUAUCGUGUACACAAAGCCCUCCACGAAGGCCGAGUCAAUCGGGGGAGGAUCAGGGAAGUGGCAGCUCAAGUCAACAAGUGUUAUCGUACUGCAUCCGGAAAAUUGAUCCCAAGCUAUGGUCUCGGGGAUAGAAGAGCCCCAAACCUCCUUGUCUCAUGA